CUAGCAAUCAAAGUGUAACCUGUCAAAUAUUCCUCUACGUAAUCUAUUUAUUCUCAAUGCUUUGAUUAGGACCUUGCUAGAGCAGUUUUCCCCACCGGGCUUCUGUACAUCCGUAACUCCGUUGACUGGAGAUCCUAUACAACGGAACACGGGAUUAUAUCAGUGUUAAAAAUGCGUUAAAAUGUCAAAAGUAACUCGUGACUCGAUUUCUACAUAUGUAUAGUUCGAAGCUCGCUACGCUUAAAUCAUUCAAACAAGUGAGAAGUUCCGGUGUCGCCGUUCAGCUCAGUAAUAAUCGAAAUAUUCAAUUGGCGGAGGUAGGAAAAUUAGAAACACCCAAAUUACAGGGAAAAUAUGAGACGGGACAGCUGAUUCUCCAUAGAGUCUUUGGCUAUCGUGGCGUCAUAUUGUUUCCUUGGCUGGCACGAGUCUAUGAUAGAGAUGUGCCGAGUAAAAAAGAAGGCACCGAGGAUGGAAAAUUUAACAGCGUCAGUAAAGAGGUUAAAAGCAGAACACACACUUUCUACCAAGUUUUGAUCGACCAGCGGGAUUGUCCAUACAUUAGAGCGCAAACAGAAGCAGUCACAUUCUUGGGCAACCAUGAGAGUAGUCGUAGUCUGUAUGCAAUUCCUGGGUUGGAUUAUGUUGCACAUGAGGACAUAUUACCGUACUCAACCAAUGAGAAAGCAGCGUUGCAGCAUGAAUUAUUUGACAAGUUUUUAGCAUAUCACCAGGAAAGAGAUCCACCAUUCAUAGCACAGGAAACCCUCAGAGCCUGGCAAAAAAAAAAUCAUCCAUGGCUGGAGUUGUCUGACGUUCACAAGGAGACAACAGAAAAUAUCCGAGUCACAGUCAUACCAUUCUAUAUGGGAUGCCGGGAAAGUCAAACUACCUCUGUGUAUUGGUGGCGGUAUUGUAUUCGCUUGGAAAACUUAGGUGACAUGAGUGUGCAGCUGAGAGAACGACAUUGGCGGAUAUUUAGUUUAUCAGGGACACUUGAAACUGUCAGAGGUAGAGGAGUUGUUGGCCAAGAACCAGUUCUGUCAAAAACUCUACCAGCCUUUCAAUACAGCAGCCAUGUCAGUUUGCAAGCACCUAGCGGCCAUAUGUGGGGUACAUUUAGAAUGGAACGAGAGGAUGGCUAUGCCUUUGAUUGUAGAAUACCACCUUUUUCCUUGGAAUCCAAGACUGAAGAUCCACCAACUCCAAAUGCAGAAUCUUGAGCUUUGUCUGCUAACCUGCCUAAAAAAUGGUAAUACUCAGCAACAAAAUAGAAAAACUGAAAAAAAGUCUUGAACUGUGCGGUAUACUCAAGAACUUGAUAAAUUCCAACCAUUUUCCCAGUUUCGACUAGUGUACACAGCAUCAAUCGAAUACCUCAUUGUAAAUGUUAUGCAUGUAUAUUAUAUUAAACAUAUUAACGAUUAGUCGACAAUCUCUGGAUACCACUGACAAAACAAACUUGCAUUGUUGCAUAGAAGAAUAACUUUUCGAUUUUUCUCAAUGCAUAACCAUAACAAAUUCAUGGUCUCUUAAUGGUACGUAAACUUGAACAGGAAUAUAGCAGGCUUGAAGUUAGAGAGUUCCUUUGACCACUAAACAUGGACCUAUCAAUUGGAUGGGAUACAAAUACAGAUUGAACGUCCAACGGGUUAUAGUCUAUUUGAAAUGAGAGAUAAUAACAGAAUCGGAAAAGACCUGCUCACAUAAUUCAUCUUGACUAACAACAAAAAUUUCAUUACGUGAGUAAAUAUUGUUUAUAGUCUUCUAACUACAAAUCAGCAAACUUUGAACUUAGGGAAAAUGUAGGAGGUAAAAAUAUAAAAAUGAAUUGAAGUCUGAAUAUGCCUUAUAAUUGUUAAAACAGUGCAGACACCAUUUAAUAACGCAAUAAACCAAAAAUCUCUCAUA